AGUUCACUAGCUAAAGAGCAAGGUUUUAACUUUCUGUGUUUUCUUCUUGCUCAUUUACUUGGUUCCCUAUUCCACAUUCACCUGGCUGCCUCCUAUUCUUCUCCUUCUUCCUUUUCUGUCUCUUCUGCUCUCUCCUCUUCAUCCUUUUACUCGAGACCUUAGACUCUCUCGUAUCUUCUCGCACCCUCUCACCGCCUCGCAGCAUCCCAUCAUACCUCUAUUCAUUCCCUUAUCUAUAGAUAACUUCACCAUGUCUCCAUCUAGGGUUCCCCUCCCGAACAGUACCUUGGAUCGCUUCCCUCAUAUCCAUGAUGAUCCUUCCACCCUUCCUCGGUCCUUGGACCCCUUCACUAUCACCACCUCUACCGGCUUCCUGCCCUUUCUUAUCUCUCCCAUCAAGCUCUCAUCUGUCUUCCAGCCUUUGAUGUCACUGCUUGAGCGUCUCCCUGUUGUUAAGGAGGAUGGUACUCCAGGUCUCCUUGCGACAUAUGAGCUAGGCCCGGCUGUUCUGGCCGAGCUUCCUGAUCUGACCGAGCAGAUCGAUAAGCUGGUCACGCCUGAUGGUGCACCGGAUCUCUACAUGAUCACCGCUGCAUUCCGUGACUAUUCUUUCCUCGCCUCGUCGUAUCUUCUUGAGCCAUGCUGGGAGAACUGGUGUAAUAACCCCGACCAGGGUUAUGGACUCGGACGGGAUAUUCUGCCCAAAUCUGUGGCUCGUCCAAUGUAUCAUUGCGCCAAGAUCCUCAACAUUCCUCCUUUCAUGUCCUAUGCUGCUGCAUACUCACUAUUUAACUACACCCUCGCAGACCCCUCUAAAGGUCUGGACUAUCCAAACUUGCGUCUUGUCCGCGCCUUCGAGAAGGGUCUGGACCCCAAGAGCUCCGAAGCUGGCUUUAUCUUAACCCACGUGGACAUGGUGAAAGAAUCCAAUGGCCUUAUCAGCGGAGCACUCAAGGUGGUCGACAACGUCGAGCAGGGUGAUCGUUCGGUGGUCAACGACGGAUUUAGAGAGAUCCUAGCUUCCAUGGAGAAGAUCGAAGCCUCGAUGGAAGACAUGUGGGCCAACUCCAAGCCCCAGGACUACCUCUCGUUCCGUGUCUUCAUCUUCGGAAUCACCUCUCAAUCCAUGUUCCCAAACGGUGUCAUCUACGACGGAGUUCUUGACAACCAGCCCCUAUUCUUCCGCGGCGAGAGCGGUGCGAACGACAGCAUGAUCCCUCUUCUCGACCACCUCUGCCAGAUCCCCAUGCCCUCCACCCCGCUCACCAAGAUCCUGCACGAGUUCCGUGCCUACCGCCCCCUACCCCACCGUGAAUUCCUCGCUUACAUGAAUUCCAAAUCCGAAGAAGUCGGCACUCGCAACUUCGCCGUCCAGGACACCGAGACCGCAAUCCUCUUCCUUAAAACUCUGAACCACGUUCGGAGCUUCCGAUGGAGACACUGGCUUUUUGCCCGAGAGUAUAUCAUCCGCCGCACCCCACACCCUACCGCUACCGGUGGUAGUCCUAUCGUCACGUGGCUUCCCAACCAGUUAUCCGCGGUGAUGGACCUGAUGAUCUCGAUCUAUGAUACUUACCUUGCGCCGCAGAAGGAAGGACAUUUGGCUGUCGGGCCGGAUGGUCAAACCGGGUAUGCUGCCGAGGCAUAUAUGAAGCAGGUCGAGCCGAUGAUGGGAAUGGUGAGGGAUCAGAGAGAAAAGUUGGCCAAGGAGGUGGAGAAAUGGUGUAAGGAGAGGGGGGUUUGAAGAGAAGGUGGUAGGAUCGGUUGUUAUACCCUUGGAUUCAUAUUUUUACCACUUCCAAACUGUAGAUAGUCUCCACGUUGGUUCUGAGCUUAGUACUGGAGUCCCUGGUUCAGGAUUAGUACGAGAGACAGAUAGCGAGAGACUUCAUUUCAAAUUGAAUCCGAAGAGAUUGAUUUGAACG